AUGGCAAAUCCGCUGAGAAUGACGCCGCAGACGGUGCGGGUGGCCGGGCACCGAGGACACAGCGCAGGCGCCCCCGAAAACACGCUGGCGGCUUUCCGCCAGGCGCGCGAAAUCGGCGGCGCCGGCGUGACCUGCGAGACGGACCUCGGCCUGACCGCCGACGGCCAGCUCAUCCUCAUCCACGACGAGACGGUCGACCGCACGACCGACGGCCGGGGCCUGGUGCGACACUUGACGUACGAGGAUAUCUCGCGACUCGACGCGGGGUCGUGGUUCAGCGAGGCCUUCGCCGGGGAGAGGGUACCUCUGCUGAGAGACGCGCUGGUCCUCGCCCGCGAAUUGGGUAUCAUCUACCAACUCGAGCUGAAAGUGUAUGGCCGGGACGAUGAACUGUUCCCCAAAUUGAGGACGCUCGUCGACGAGCUCAAGUGCGCCGACCUACUACAAUUUUCGUCAUUCGACUUUGUUCAGCUCCGAAACGUCAAGAAAGUCAUUCCCGAAAUCCCCACAGUCGGCCUCUGCCAUUCUCGCCUGAUCGAUUCCGCUGCUGUCGCCCGUCAGGCCAACCUGGACGCCUUCAACAUCGAACUCCAGCAUUUUCCCAGUGGCGAGGCUCGUCAGCUCCGCGACGCCGGGUUUGCCGUCUUCCUGGCCGUCCUACCCAUCGAGUCGCUCGACAAUCUCAAAGCUUACGGGAGGGAUGUCCAGUCGGAGGUGGUCGAUUGGAUCCGUCAGGGCCUCAUAGACCAGAUUGUCAGCAAUGAUGUCGAGGAGAUGCUCAUGAUAAAGAACAAGGCCCAAGAGUCAGUGUGA